GAAGAAAUAUAAGAGAAGUGAUAUUUGUUUGGAAUAAACUAUUAAAGCAAAAAGAAGCAAAAUAUCCAUAUAUUUUGGUGAGAGGAGAAAUAUUUUUGAAAAGUUGUUGAUCUGUACAACUUAAAGGUUCAGGUUUAUUUUUCUUGAAGAGAUGUCGGAAGAAUUAGGAAAAGCAUCAUAUGACUGUGACAUCUGCAAAGAGUCAUUCUUAGUAGAAAGUAAAUUCAAUCAACUCAAACAAAUUCAUACAGAGGAAGCACCAUAUCACUGUAGUAUCUGUGGUAAAUCAUUCUCUGCUGGCAGUACCUUAACCAACCACGAGCAUAUUCAUACAGGGGAGAAACCUUUUCACUGUGAUAUCUGUGGUAAAUCAUUCUCUGCUGGCAGUAGCCUAACUAAACACAGGCGUAUUCAUAUAGGGGAGAAACCAUAUCACUGUGAUAUCUGUGGUAAAUCAUUCUCUCAUGGCAGUAGCUUAACUAAACAUAAACGUAUUCAUACAGGAGACAAACCAUAUCCCUGUGAUAUCUGUGGUAAAUCAUUCUCUCAGAACAGUAGCUUAAAUAACCACAAACAUAUUCAUACAGGGGAGAAACCAUACCACUGUGAUAUCUGUGGUAAAUCAUUCUGUUAGCAGUACCUUGACUGCACAUAAACGUAUUCACACAGGUGAGGAACCAUAUCGCUGUGACAUCUGUUGUAAAUCAUUCUCACAAAAACAUCACUCAAUUAAACACAAGUGUAUUCGUUAUGAAGUUGAUCCAUAACACAGUGACAUUGGUUGUAUAACAUUCCUUCAGAAAGACAAGUUUGUAUCUCAUAAAACCCUCUACACAAGAAAGAAACUAUAUCAAUGUGAUAUCAAUGGUAAGCCUUUCAUUUGAAAUGAUCCAUUAACGAAUCAAAAGAGCAUUGACAGAGGAAGGAAAACAUAUCACUGUGAUAGCAGUGCUUAAUCAUUCUAUGAAAAUGGAGAAUUAUACA